AUGGCAACUUCCCCUGCCAAGGCCGCCAAAAUGCCGGCAGCAGCCAAACCAGCGCACCCACCUCUCAAAUCUAUGAUCAAAAAUGCCAUCAAAGAGCUGAAAGACAAGAAAGGAUCAAGCAAAUCUGCGAUCGUCAAAUACAUCUCGGCAAAUUACAAGGUGUCGGCCGACAAAGUGCAAAACCAGACGAAACUGGCUGUGAGACGAAUUGCAGCGAAGAAGAAAAUUGUCCACGCUUCGAGCAAAUCCAUUGGAGCCAGCGGUAGCUUCGAUGAAAGAGGCAUAGGGGCUUUGGAAAACCUCUACAAAAUGACUGCUACUCCUAAGAAGGCAACUACCCCUGCCAAGGCCGCCAAAAAGCCGGCAGCAGCCAAACCAGCGCACCCACCUUUCAAGUCUAUGAUCAAAAAGGCAAUCAAAGAGCUGAAAGACCAGAAAGGAUCGAGCAAAUCUGCGAUCGUCAAAUACAUCUCGGCAAAUUACAAGGUGUCGGCCGACAAAGUGCAAAACCAGACGAGACUGGCUCUGAGACGAAUGGCAGCGAAGAAGGAAAUCGUCCACGCUUCGAGCAAAUCCAUUGGAGCCAGCGGUAGUUUCAAACUUCCAGCAAAAGAACCAGUGGCCAAAAAGCCAACCAAGAAGACAUCGCCCAAAAAGAAGGCAGUCAAGAAGCCAGCAGCCAAGAAAGCUUCGCCUGCUAAGAAGACUGCAGCUCCCAAGAAGGCAAAGUCGCCCGCAAAGCCUAAAGCAGCUAAAAAACCAGUCGCUGCGAAAAAGCCAGCAGCCAAAAAAUCCACCCCGAAAAAAGCAGCCCCAGCCAAGAAGGCUAAAUAAACUGAAACAAAUAUUUUAUUUUAGUUCAUAUAAAUUCAAUUCUAGAGUUUUUCAGCUCAUUUUGCAGUAGUUUUGAUUUCUGAUAAUUUGCUGUGAUUUAUUUUGUUUUAAUUAUUUGCACUAAAUUUUGCAAUUAUUUUCUCUCGCUCUAAUAAAAUUUAGCUAUCAAAAUCUUCA